AUGCUUCAACGACUCGCUACGGCAUCAACACGGCGAGCCUGGCCCUCGGGUCCCUGCACAUGUUCUCACACAAGACGCCAAGUCUCUUCCUCCUCCUCUUCCCCGUCACCGUCCUCGUCCCCAGCGACAAGCUCGACCCGCCCAACCCGCCUCGGUCCCCCAAUUCCUGACCUUUAUCAAGUCCUCCACGAUCCCGAAGCGGUCAAGCUCAAUCUCAAGCGACGCAACUCGCCCGUCCCGCCCUCCGUGGUCGAUGAGCUCCGCAACCUCGAGCACCACACGGCUCGACUGCGCUCGCAACUCCAGUCCGCUCGAGAAAGGAGGAACCAAUUGACCCUACUCAACAAGGAUCGCAAGACCAUGACCGAUGCUUCGAGGGAGGAAGCCAAGACGAUCAAGGAACGUAUCAAGCAACUCGAGCCGGACUUGAAUGAGCAUCGAGCUAGAAUGCAGCUUCUCGCUCUCAGUCUUCCGAAUCGAUCACAUCCUUCUUCGCCCGUCGGUGGGGAGGAUCAGGCCAAGCUCAUCAAGUAUCUGGGACCCAAAGUUGCGUCGAACGAACAGAGGGAUUCGCUGAAGGAUCAUACACGAUUAUCCGCAACCGAUUUGGAUUGGACCGAUUUCCCGACGGCCUCGUUGAUCUCGGGCAACUCGUGGCCCAUGUUAAAGAACACAGGUGCCAAGCUCGAAUUGGCGCUUACACAGUAUGCGCUCUCGAUCGCGCUCAAGAAUAAAUUCGAACUUGUCCUACCCCCCGAUGUCGUACGCAGCGAGAUCGCAGAGAGGUGUGGGUUUCAACCCCGGGAUCAAGGCGAGGCGCAGCAAACCUAUUUCCUCGGUGAUGGGGGUGAAAGACCGAAUCAGAACGACCUCUGUCUCGUCGGAACGGCCGAGAUCCCUCUCGUGUCCAUGAACGCAGGUCAAACCUUCCGUGCUGAACAACUACCCAGACGCAUCGUUGGAUUAGGGAGGGCUUUCCGAGCAGAAGCCGGGGCGAGGGGUCAAGAAUCGAGAGGGUUGUACCGGGUCCACCAGUUCUCCAAGAUCGAGUUCGUCAUCGUUUCACCCGACGACCAAUCGCAAAGGCUUUUGGACGAGUUGGUGAGGUUACAGAUCGAGAUCCUCUCGGGCCUGGGUUUGAGUUUGAGGGUUCUCGAAAUGCCGACGGAGGAAUUGGGGGUCUCGGCUCAGAGGAAGGUCGAUAUCGAGGCUUGGAUGCCUGGGAGGGGGAAAUGGGGUGAAGUAUCGAGCGCCUCGAAUUGCACGGAUUGGCAAGCGAGGAGGUUGUUGAUGCGGUACAGACCUUCCGGGAAGGAGCAGGAGACGGAAGGGAUCAGGAAGGAACAAGAGAAGGAACUUGAAGACCUCAACAUUCCUACACCGGCGGCAUUGGAAGCGACGGCGCUUUAUCCAUCUCAAUUCGAGAAUCCAGUCCCGGCAUCUUCAAGUGGGGGCGGAAAUGUGUGGUGUCAUACCCUCAAUGCGACGGCCGCUGCGAUCCCUAGGCUCAUCGUCGCGAUCAUGGAGAAUGGCGUCGUUUUGGACCAAGAGGGCAAGGUCGAGAAGGUUCGGUUGCCAGGGUGUUUGAAGAGGUGGUGGUUGGAAGGUGGCAAGGCCGAUGAAGGGAUGAUUGAAUGGGUGAAUGAAGGAGAGGCGCUGAGUGUUAGUAGCGAGUGA